AUGUCUAUGAUCACUACAUCCGCCUGGGUGCGACGCGGGGUCGCAGCCCAAUUCCCGACGAAAUAUGAGAUUGAUGAGGAGGAAAUGAACCGCAUAUCGAAGCUUGCGCGGAUGCAGCUCGAAGAUGCUCGAGAAGAUCUGACCGAGGCACAAGAGCGGGCGAAAGAUGAUGAUGUGAAGGAAGACGAUGCGAUGGACGAGGAUGAUAAGGAGAAGGACGACAAGAAAACUACGGAAGCAAAGAAGGCCGAGGAAGAUGAUGACCUGAAAGAAUACGACCUCGAUCAUUAUGAUAGUGACGAAGUGGAUGAGGAUGGCGAAAAGGUUACCAUGUUCGGCAACGUGAAAUCUUUGGCGUACCACGAGCCCAAUGAGGAGGAUCCGUAUCUGGUUGUGCCGGAGGAGGAGGAUGAUGAGGAGCGCGAGGAGUUGCAGGUUCUUCCGACAGAUAACUUGCUGCUGGCAGGUAAACUCGAGGACGAGGUCGCUCACCUGGAAGUCUACGUCUACGAAGAUGCGGCGGAUAACCUCUACGUGCACCAUGAUAUCAUGUUGCCCGCGAUCCCGCUAUGCUUGGAAUGGCUCGAUUUCCCUGUUGGUAAGGCCGCCGAGGAGGGCCGUACGACCGGAAACUUUGUUGCCGUGGGAACGAUGGAGCCCGAUAUUGAGAUUUGGGAUCUUGAUGUCGUUGACAGCAUGUACCCGAACGCGAUCCUUGGUCAAGGCGGCUCGGAGACCGAGGCCAAGAAGUCGAAGAAGAAGUCAAAGAAGAAUAAGGCCAACGACGAGUACCACGUUGACUCGGUCCUCGCCCUUGCUGCCAACCGUCAACAUCGCAACCUCUUGGCUUCAGGUUCCGCCGACCGGACCGUCAAGCUCUGGGACCUGAACACCACCAAGGCUGCCAAGUCAUACUCGCACCACACCGACAAGGUGUGCUCUCUGGACUGGCACCCCAAGGAAUCAACCGUUCUUCUCAGCGGUAGUUACGACCGCACGAUCGUCGCCGCUGACAUGAGGGCCCCCGAUUCCAAGGCCCGAUGGGGCGUUGACAGCGACGUUGAGACGGUGCGCUGGGAUAUUCACGACCCGAACUACUUCUACGCCACCACCGACGGCGGCAUGGUUUACAAAUACGACGUGCGCAACGUCCCCGCCACUCCCAAGGACUCUAAGCCUGUCUGGUCCCUCCAGGCGCACGACUCCUCCGUCUCCUCCUUCGACAUCAACCCCGCCAUCCCCGGAUUCCUCGCAACCGGAUCCACAGAUAAGCAGGUUAAGCUGUGGAACAUUGAAAACGACAAGCCCAGCAUGGUUGUCUCGCGGAAACUCGAGGUCGGUAAGGUUUUCUCGACAACCUUUGCGCCGGAUCCUGAAGUCGGCUUCCGGCUUGCAGUGGCUGGAAGCAAGGGCGUUGUGCAGAUCUGGGACACUUCCACUAAUGGUGCGGUGCGUCGGGCUUUUGUCUCGCGCAUGCCUUCUCUUGAGGGUGAUGUUCAGGAACGUAUGAUUGGUAUGCAAGCUGAUCAGGAUGAGUCGGACGACGACGAUGUGGGUGCUACAGAGAAUGGUGCCCCAGCGGGUGCCGAUGGCUGGGAGUCGAUGGAUGAGGAUUGA